CUCCUCUGUGUCCUCAGAAGAUAUAAGCCAGUUCCUCAGUGAGUGAGUACAUGAACAAGAGCAAAUGUAUUCAGAAUUCACCAGCAUCUUGCACUUGAUAUUUCUCAUAGAUAUUGAAGGUUCUCUAGGUCAGACACAGUGGUUGGUGAGAUGUAAUGAAGAAAGCAUCUGUGCUUUGAGAGGGUCAGAGGUGUUGCUCAAUUGCUCUUACUCAUUAACCAACGUCCAGACAGUGAUAUGGUUCAGCCACAAACAAAGAGCUAAAUGGAGAACUGGGGAACAUCCCGAAGAUCUGGCUUUAGACUCAGACUACGCUGGCCGUGUGGAUUAUGUAGAGACCAAAAACUCCACAUGUCUGAGAAUAAGAGAUGCAAGAGAGAAGGACUCUGGAGAAUAUCGCCUCCUGUUCUUUACCACAACCGGACAGAAAUAUAUUGGCUCAACAGCAGUAAACCUGACAGUUACAGAUAUACAGGUGAGGACGCAUGGUAGCAGUGUGGAGCAGAGAGAACAGGGCGUAAACCUCACCUGCAGCACCUCCUGCAAACUGAACAUAUUCUGGUGCACCUGGUAUAAGAAUGGACAACGUGUACAACUAACAUUAUACCAGAAUGCUGAGCCUCUGGUUUUAUCCAGCACUGAUGGAGGCAGCUACUCCUGCUCGAUUAAAGACCACAGCAAUACAAUCUUUUCCUCUGCUGUUUGUGUUUUGGGUAAGAACUGUUUUAAGGUGACCUAUGCAGACAGACAAGUCUGUGCUUUGGAGGGCUCGUCAGUGAACAUCCCAUGCACCUACUCAUAUCCCAGUGACCAAGCAGUCAUUGAAACAUACUGGUCUUACAAUCAUACUGACAUGAGACAGUCCAAGCAGUUCGUGGGACGUGUGGAGUAUGCUGGGGACAAGAACAAGAACUGCGCUCUAAGACUGACCGGCCUAAGACAGAAUGAUUCUGGAAAUUAUCGCUUCAGUUUCAUGACUAAUACUGCGCCAAGGGUCUUCAUUGGUUCACCAGGAGUUCAGCUGACUGUCACAAGUAUGGAGGUUAGAGUUAGUGCUGCUGUAGUAUCAGGGCAGACAGUAACACAGAGCUGUAAAACCACCUGUACUCUCAACGAUGAUAUCACUUACAUCUGGUACAAGAACGGACAACCCAUGACAAACCAAAUCACCAACUACAACAAGCUUUACCUGGACCUGCCCAGCUACAAGAAGACAGAUAACUAUACAUGUGCUGUGAGAGUAUCAGUAGGUGACUGCUGGACUUAUCCUGCUAUUUGGGGAACAGUAGGAGUGAUGUCUCUGCUUCUCUUUCUUCUUUCUGCGAUUAUGUACAUCAGGAGGAAGAGGGGACCUGAGGGACAUGCAUUCAGUCAGAGCCAUCUGCAUCCUGAAGAUGACACUUACACAGCCCUCAACACCAAGACCACUUCAUCUGACUACUACACUUUGAGGCCCAGGACAGCUCCAACCAGUAACUUACACACCACCGUCAAGCCUGCAGCCCUGUUGGUCAAUGAUACUGGUGUGUACACAGCACUGCAGAGAAGAGCUCCAGAAGCAGAGUAUGAGACCUUGAAGAGAAAACAGUCAGCAGAGACCUGAACUACACCAGAGAUCAUAGAGUAGCUGCAAUGGAUUCUCCAUGAUGCACCUUUGUGAUUUGCUCCACUGAGAACUGUAAGAGAGUCUAUUUUUGCCAAUAGUAUCAAGGCUGAAUGUUUCUACGACUGUGUUUGGGUCAGCUGAUACUGACCUUCAGCAGGGUUUUGUGUUGUUGUACUCAAAACCAAAAGGAAAUGUGUUCCAAGUUGGUCUGCUGUUGUACGCUGUUUUAUUUUAGUAGAUAUUUUUCCAUUGACAAGACAAAAGAUAAUAUCCAUCAUACAACUGUAUGUAAUGUUUUUAUAAUUAUGAUUUUUGUUUAACCAUUUGACUAUUGUCUUUUCGUAACAAGUUUUCUCAUUAACACCUCAAAAUCUCUGAAUCUUUCCUUGUAAUCUAGUUUGUUUUUAUAUUUUCAUAAUGUCUAACUGUAAUAUAUAACAGGGAUGUGCAUUCUAAUUUUGAUGGCAGCAAACCGUGACAUUUAGACAUACUAGCCAGGCUAUAAAUGUUAAAAAUUUCUACAAUAAUACUAGUAAGUAAGUAAGUAAGUAAGUAAGUAAGUAAGUAAGUAAAUGAGUAAAUUUUAUUUAUACAGCACAUUUAAAACAAAAGUGCUUUACAAUAAAACACAAACAGGAUUUCCACCUUCUGAUCACCACCACUGUACAUUAAUACAACAGUGUACAGUCCUCAAUCCACAGUUCAACAGUUUAACAGCUGCUGAAUGCUAAUCGAUAAAAGUAUGUAUUAAGCUUGGUAAAAAAAGCCAACAACAGAGCAUGCUCAGUGUCACUUGAGAGACCAUUCCAAUGUCUUGGUGUGGCGAAAGCAAAAGCACAACCCUCUUUUUGUUUAAGACGAGACCAGUUUAAAAUUGAUUGGGACGUAGACCUUAAAGGGUAAAUACUCCCUAAGACCUUUUUUUCAUUAAUAACUGAAAUGCACUGCCCUGUAAUAAUAAAACAUACCAGCCUUACUUGAAAUGUGAACACAUCUUUCCAAACUGUAAAAAUAUCAUUUUUUCCAUGGUCAGUUCCUCCUCUGCAGCACCCCUCUGGUUCAACUCUGCUAUAGGCGUGGAUGACGUGUCUUCUUACCAAAGUAUGAUGACACGUCACAGUAUACAAACCAGUCAACCAACAUUACCGCCCCCUGAUGAAGCUCUACUCUUGCUCAGAGCCGAGAUGGCUCUGCUUGUGCCGCGCUCAUAAAUAUGAAACCAUACGAGCCUAAAGCAAGGGAGAACAUCGGCACCAUUUUGGAUGUUUCUCCAUACAUAACAUCUCAUUGCAUUUAGCAUGUUAUUUAGUGUUAUAGUUAGUUAUUAUUGGUAAUUCUUAGUUAUUGUAUUUGUAGAUAUUGUAGUUUUUAGCAUAUAUGAUUAGGUAACUGGACAGACCGAUUAAGUGAGGAUUCUAGCAAGUUUUCAAGCAAGUUUCUAGCAACUGCCAUGAACAGUUUGCAGAAAAUAAGGAUUUAGGGCCACUGCAGCAAACCUUGGAUGACAGGUGAGGCAGUGUACGACCCCAACCUGGUCACAUCUGUGAAUAACCUGUUUGGUACGAUACAUCUCCCUGUUAUACUUCUGUGCUUGGAAUCAGACAGCAUGCGAACAGCUAGGUUGUGAUGCUGGUAAUGCUAGAGAAUGACUAGCAUAAGCUAACUAUCUUAGGUUCCAAAGGUUGGGUUACCUUUUUUUCUGCAUUAACCUCGGCCACCACCCUACUGCAAACGUUCUCAACAAGUGAAAGAUUUGUUCAGUGCCCACAAGAGCACCUGUAUAGAAGGAAAUGGUCCCUAAUGGCCUAAUAGAGGUAUGUGUUUCACGGCUUCAUGUCAAAAUGAAUGAAACUUAGACAGUGUUCAAAGAAAUCCACUUUAUUCAUUCAGAAUUCAGUACAUCUAAGAAAUCAGGACUUGGGUUAUAACAAAUAUUGACCUGCUGAACAGUUAAUUUGAAGCUAACUGUCACAGUUUUAGGGAAAGUUCUAAUUAACAAAUUUUCAGUUACUUGAUGGGAUGUAAGGGGAAAAAAUCAACAUCUACAUCAAAUGAAAAUAUACAGAAAAACAUUACAGAAUAUGAAAGUGCAUCAGAGUAUUGCCAAACAUCGCCUUUGUUUUCUGUUGCCAUACUUUCUCCCUGACUUCUCAGAGUGGAACAUAAAAAUGCCAUAUAGCAAUUUCAGCAUUUGUUAACUGGCAUCUGAACAGUUAGCAACAUAUUUUUACCCCAUCAUAAAAGUUAAAUUAAAGUUAACUUCUUAAUGACUUCUUCUUUAUAAUUUCUUUUCAACAAGCUGCCAAAAUUUGUAUUUUUUUCUGUGUGAUUUUAUGUGAUUUUUCAAUGCAUCUGAUGUUAUGUAACAUGAUUUUCCACUGUACAGUGUUAAAGUAUGUCCCUGCUGUCUGCUACUUUCUGUGGAUGGACAUUUACAUUGCUUAUAAAUCCAUUGCCUCUUGCAGAAGUUUGAACUGCUGACUAAUCCUGGUGAUAACAGUGAAUUGUUGGAUGAAGCAAGCUGGCCCAGCUAUAUGAAAAAAGGGGAUGGGGAGGAAUGGAAUGGCCCUGUCCAUUGCAUCAAAUCAUGAACUCUGCCACAUACAAAAUUUGACUUAUCCUUUGCUGUUUAUUCACCUUUCCAUAGGGGAAAGCUCUGAGUAAGCCCACUUAAGGAAAAAAAAACUUUUAAACUACUUUUUAAUAAGCUCCAAUAGGCAGUUUUGAUGGUUUAAGUUUUAAUAUUUUUACAUCUGCAAAACUUAAAAAAUAAUAGGCAUCUCAUACAAUAAACAAACACCUUCUAUGUCUGAUACUGUGAGUUUUGAGCCUGCAAUUUAGUCGCAUGCAAAUGUUUGGUCAAAUUAUAUGCUUUGUUGAUAAAUAAGUAAAACAUGAGAACAUGUCCUUUACAGAAAACGCAUUUUAACACAUGAUUACAGUUUAAAAAUACAUAUGUGGCCUGUGCAAAAGGUCUGUGCAUAUAUUAUAUUUUAUAUUAUAUUUUUUUCCAAUAUGUUAAACUCAAAUAAAUAGAAAUUGUGCACCAAAAAAAAAAAAGCAGAAGAGAAUCUGUAAGUUUGUUGCUCCUAGAGGAUUUGUUGACUUAUUUUUACAUAGACACAUUAUCUGCUAUCAUCUCAUCAGAGCUGGGCAGUUCCUCUAAGCUAGGGUGAGGUUAAGGUCACUGACCAUUUCUUAAUCUGCUUCCUCUUGCUCA